AUGUCGGAUCCAGUUCAGCCCCUCCAUCACGUGACGCCUCCCAGCUCAACCGCGUUAGGUAAGCAUGUGAGGUCAGCUCUUGCCGUUCUGUGCUGGCUGGCUCGAUGGCCGGGGGUCCGAGCUCCAUCCAGUCGACUGCAACUGCACUGCGCCAAGCCAAGGCAGCUCUGGGUGUCGCGUUCCCUCAAUCCACCCGCCGUCCGACCAACAAUCUGCUUGUGUACCAUUUGCGUCGUUGAACCACCGCUGCCUGCACUUGGGUCCUUGAGGACUUGCCAGACUGAACUCGUCCUUUUUACAAUAGACUCUCCUCCACCAAUCUCUCUUCAAGGUUCCGCCGAACCACCGCCCAUAACUCAUCAUGUACGUGCAUUUGUCAAAGCGUCUGUAUACAGAUCAUGUACUUAUGGAAUACCCAGGGAGGUCUUACUAGGAAUCACGGGGAAGGAUUUCACCCUCAUUGCCGCCUCCAAAGCCGCCAUGCGGGGCGCCACCAUCCUCAAAGCUUCCGACGACAAGACCAGAUCGCUCAACACGCAUACGCUGAUGGCAUUCUCGGGCGAGGCCGGUGACACGGUGCAAUUCGCCGAAUACAUCCAAGCAAACGUACAGCUCUACUCCAUGCGCAAUGGCAUGGAGCUCUCACCUUCCGCCACCGCCAACUUCGUCCGGGGAGAGCUUGCACAAGCUCUGCGGUCGAGACGGCCAUACACUGUCAAUCUGCUGUUGGGUGGUUACGACAAGAUUCAGGACAAGCCUACGUUAUACUGGAUCGACUACCUUGCGAGCUUGGCACCCGUACCUUAUGCCGCACACGGCUACGCACAAUAUUACUGUCUCUCGUUGUUGGACAAGCACCACCACCCCGACAUCAACUACGACCAGGGUAUGAAGAUCCUUCGCAUGUGUACCGAAGAGCUGAAACGCCGUCUCCCUAUCGAUUUCAAGGGUGUGAUUGUCAAGGUCAUAACAAAGGAUGGUGUGCGGGAGGUCGAUUAUGAGGAUGACGUCAAGGUGGAUGUACCUUGAGCGGGAAUAGCACUCAAGACCAACAAAUCCGGGUUCGUCAGAACGGGCAUGAUUAAUGUAGCAUAAAUACUCAUUGAAAAGCGGAUAUCUUGUUCCGCGUGCCGGUCUGGAGAGGUGUCUAAUUCAUGAAUCUUAGCACCACUCUUCGAAUUCUUCCCCUGCAACCAUUCGUGAGAUUUAUGAGUACUCUAUUGGUGAUGAUCGCUCCAACAUUCAGACACUUGACAUAGUAUCACGGUGGAUUUUGCCAAUUGAUUCAGAGACAAUUGUGAACCGUGCAUACCAGUUUUACAUAAUAUACAUGCAUAUAUACAAUGACAGUCAACGCACAAGAACCACAACCACAACUACAACCACGAACAGACACAGAGACUAUACCCGACCCUGAAAACAUACUAAGGAGUUACAUGGACAAAGAAAGUAUUCAUAUUUCCUCUUCAUCACAUCAAAAUCAAACAUGGCAUGACAUACCC